CUUCAGCGCCUUCCGCCAGCUCUCCCCGAAUCCAUCUGGGGCAUUGUGGGCAGCUAGUUUCUCCAACGCAGCACGCUUAUUCUUCUCGAUUUUGUUCAGCUGCUCCGGACUCAAGGAGGUGACAGUCGGCAGCUUGUCGCUCGUUGGUUUCAGCUUUUUGAUUGACGACGCCUUCAAACAUUUUGUUCGAAAACGUGUUAGCCGACCAGCCAUUGUAGUGGACAAACAUAUUAAUUAUUAUAUAAUCACCUUGCGUGUGUGCAAAAGUUCUGCAUAAGAUGAGGCACUCUUGAUGUGCACAUAACGUUAGCUACACCACGACCAACUGAUAACAUUAAAUAUUAUUUCUACAAACGGUAUGAAUGGUGAGUUAGCUACGUCGUUUAUUUGUUUCUCGAAAAAAUUGUCAAGUUCCCCUGUUCAACAAUGUUUACUUCCGGUGUCACUGUGCCACGUGGGCAUUUCGCGCUAAUACAAAUCGGUAGCUUUGCUACUGCAACCCAACAAUAAUUUGGAUGGACCCGUUUGUGACCCAGGCAAAGAACCGCAAUGAGCAGGACGCUCAAUGGGAUAAGGAGCAUCACUGCAAAAGAUUUAAAGCUUGCGAAGAGGAGGAAGAGGAAAGCUCGAUUGAUGAAGAGUUCUCUCACCCUCUGCCUUGGCAGAAGAUUGAAGCGGAGGGGCUGGACUGUGACUAUGCUCAGCUUUUCGGAAAAGAUGAAGCAGACAGACUUUUUAAACAGCUGGAGGAAGAGGUGGAGUAUUUCACAGAUGAGAGGUCCCAGGUUCGCGUGUAUGGGAAGCUCCACAGUGUUCCCCGGAAGCAGGCUACGUACGGGGACCCAGGCCUGAGGUACUCUUUCUCUGGGGUGCAUCUUCUGGCUCGGCCGUGGACCCCCACGCUGGACUACAUACACGCUGCGGUCACUAAGACAACCGGGCGCACCUUUAACUUCGUCCUCGUCAACAGGUACAAAGACGGGAGCGAUCGCAUAGGAGAGCACCGUGAUGACGAGAAGGAGCUGGAUCCCGGUUUUCCCAUCGCCUCCGUGUCCCUGGGGGCGGCGCGGGACUUCGUGCUCCGGCAUGGGGAGGCGCGGGGGCGGAAUCCGCGCCGUCGCAUCGACCCGGUGAAGCUGGAGCUGGCCCACGGGAGCCUGCUCCUCAUGAACCAGCCCACCAACACGCACUGGUACCACAGCCUGCCGCCCCGCAAGGGGGUCCUCACACCGCGCAUCAACCUCACCUUCAGGCGCAUCCGUAGUCUCGGACAGCAAGGACCGGGACCUUCCCGGUGACUCGCGCCUUCUCGGGAACGACGUUCACUUGGGAAGACGCUUCUGCUUUCCUGGGGGCGGCCUGUAGCAUAGUGGCUGAGGUAGGCCUAUGUGACUGGGACCCGGAAGGUUGGUGGGUUCAAGACCCAGCCACGAGAAGAUCCAGAGCUGUGUGGGCCCUUGAGCAAGGCCCCUAAACCUGCAUUGCUCCAAGGGGGAUUGUCCCCUGCUUAGUUUAAUCAACUGUAAGUCGCUCUGUAAGCGUCAGCUAAGUAACAAAUUAUUACAUUAUUAUUGUUAUUAUGUACUGAGUGCAGAUGUACUCUGCUUGUGUGGUCACAAAAUCAUGUACAGGGAUUUGUGUCCAGAUUUGUUACUUAACACACAGCAGUCACCAGUGUACUCACGAAAACUAAACGUAUCAAAUUCCUUGACAGAUUUGGAUUUGGAGGCCAAGAUGUUACGAUGUGAUGUCACCAUUAGAUGGAUUUAUUUAUCCAAGAUUCAGUUUGCAAGUACUCUACCAAAAAUAUUGAUGUCACAUGACAGGCUUGAAACAUUGAUACACUUGUAAAUACUGUAUGUUUUCCUAAGUAGAAAUGUUUAAUAAAUAUUAAGCUACUGUUUACCACAA